GCGUGUAUCGCCUCUAGAUAACGGAGGAACGGGAUCAACGGGUGUUAGCAUUCCGAGGCACCCACUGCACCCAAUCCUCUCUCUCUCUCUCUCUCUCCACAACAAUCGCAUCCUCGCUGAAUCUUGUGUCCUCUUGAUUUCCCUCGCAUGUCUCAGCUCUUGGCAAAACUAGCAUUUUCAAUUUUGGAAAUGGCUUAAAUAACCCAUUUUCUUGAUUAUCUUUCUGCAUAUUAUUCCCGUACUUCAUCGCCUGCAACUGCACUGGUGAGUAAUUUUCGAAAAUAGGACAAUCCGUUUGUGGAUUUUGCAGUUUUUAAGUUUCUUUCAAUUGGGUAUUGUUUGGAUUGAAGUCAUUGGUGAGGGUUUUAGGGAAAUGGGUUCUUUUUCUCUGAUGGGUUUUGCUAGGUAGGAAUUGCUGUUAAAUGGGUAUAACUUGGAUUUAUAUUAUUUGUACUCAGCUUGUUCUGAUGUGAGUGGUUGGUUCUGAUGAGUAUGACUUUGUGGCACUGAUUUAACGUAUUCAAAAUUUUGGGGCCCUGAUUCCUUAGAUGUUUCUUGAUGUCUGGUUGUUAAUAAUUGGCUUUUGUCUAUCCAAUUUAUCACUGCUCCAAAGAAAUAAAAGUGGUUUUGGUUAAUGAGUUGAGAUAUUCUAUCUUGGUUCCAUGUUAGUGGAGUUUCUGUUUCAAUUUGAUUUUCGCCUCACAAAAAUUGAGGGUCUCGGUUCUUCAGUUCCAGUAUUGUUGGGUUCGUGAAAUUUUUUGUCUUCAGGUUUAUGAUUCUUCGAAUUAAGGUGAAGAGGAAAUUUUGUACCGUGGAAUUUGGGUAGUGAUUUAUUUACUGGGAAAGGGAAAGCAGUUAUGGAUAUAUGGGUUGCUUUAGCAGCUGCUAGUGCCGACUAUUUAGCAAAACAUUGGAAGAAAGUAAAGAGGGACGUGGAAAGUUCAUCAGAGUUUCCUUCCGGGGAUUCCAAAUUUGUGAAGCCUGGAUCACCACCUUCCAUGGGUCGACAUGGUGACAAGAGAUGUCCUUUGCGAAGAUUGGCACCGAGAAAAAGACUUGGUGAAGAUGUUCCUAGAGAAAGGGAGCAAGCUGCUCAAAGUGCUUCCGCAUCGGGUGAAAAAUUAUAUAACUUUGAUCAUUACAGGGAUUGCAAUGUGCUUUCUAUAUCUACUUUGUCUCCUGCAUACUUGCAAAGUGAAGACCAAGCAGUAGCAGAAGGAUUAAGAGAAAAUGCCAACAAGUUUGAAAAUACCUGCGAUUCAUUUCAUGAGCCUCCAACGACAGAAAUGAGUACUUCUUAUGGUUUCACGAGGAAUAGGAUCUCUCUUAGAAGUAGAAAAUCUAAUAUGCAAUUUGUAACGCCUCUUAGUUCCCUAGAAAGUUGCCUCAUGGCUCAGUUGUAUAGGGAACAUGCUGGAAUGGAAGAGUAUGUGCUUAGUUCUGCUCCAUCACAAUCUUCACCGGCUCUGAGACCGUUCUUUGUGACUGACGGAAGGAGGAUAAUCGGCGGAGGGGGUUAUUCAUUUAGUUUGCCAACUGAAAAUAGAAAAAAUGAGCUUCGUAACCAAAUCAGUUCAGCAGAAAAUGAGACUGUUUUGGGAGUUCCUCCACUACCAUAUGUUGGGUCUUUGGAGCUUCCGAGGGUGAAAGUUAAAAUGCGGAAGGGGCUUGGUAGGAAAUUGAGCAGUUCUAGUAAAAUGAUCAAUGCGAAGCACUUCGAUUUACUAACUGGAUCAUCUCAUGGGGCUCCUCUUUUCGGUCUCGGGUUAUCUGUUGGCUUGAUAUCUUCUUUCUUAGCAAAUAAAAGGGAGGUAGAAAAAUUGAAUGACUUGUUAGAGCAUACUGAAAACUUGGUUCAAGAUCUACAAGAUGAACUCGAGAUGAAAGAUGCAUUAACUGUAAAAGAGCUUGCCAUUGAGGACUAUUCUGAUAAAAGCACAUCAAAUUCAUUUUGCUCGCAACAGAAUUGGGAUGGAUCAAGGAAAUAUUGUGGCAAAGAACUGCUUGAUCAGAAAGCAGAGGAAGAUUCUGAAUCUGUGAGUAAAAUUGAAGCUGAGCUUCAAGCUGAACUGGAAAGAUUGGAACUGAACAUGAAUUCAUUGAGUUUGGAGAGAAGAUUGUCUAGUCUAGUUGAGCUUGACCCAGACUUCAUACCAGAAAUCACUCACGACGAAUUGAGACCCGACAUGUUUCGUAGACAAGCCAAAGCCCAACCCUAUGCGGAUUGUGAUGGAAUUUGUACCUCCACCCCUCACUCUGCUAACUACGCCGUCUCCCCCAGAGAACUAACCUUGCAUCUGCAUGAAGUCAUCCAGUCCAGACUAGAAGAACGUGUCAAGGAGCUCGAGACAGCACUUGAAAAUAGCCAUAGGAAGGUUCAGCUCAUGGAGUCAGAGCGAGAGACAUUUUUUAGGGACCUUUCACUUAGCGACCUGAGAUCAUCAUCUUAUGAAGAUAUCAUAGAGGACCAACCUGUGGUUAUCAAUCUCUCUGAGGAAGCUUUAGAUGCUUAUAAUGAGGCGUACAGCGCAUUUGCAAAGUUGAAUGAGUCAGAGGAAGCUGAUUUGACAUCAGGAGGCAAGGUAAACACACUACAAAAUUUCAACCAAAAUGGUGGUGAAUCAUCACCGGCGCUAGUUUCUCAUGAAGUAAGGAAUUUGGAUGAACACCUUUUGUGGGGUGAUGAAAGUGAGAAUGGACAUGAUGAGGUGGAAAUGCUGUUGAUAAAGCAGAUUGUUGAGAAAACCAGGAAAGAUUCUUCUGUCAUUUUGAACGCUAAGAAAGGAUUGUUUUCGGGUGAUGAAUGUGAACAAUGAAUGGACUGAAAGAACGAUUUUGCAGUGUAACGAGGUAAAAUGUGCAUUGAACGAGUCUCAAAUCUCUUCUUUCUUCAUCAUUUUAACUGAUAGAAGGCCUCAACUGAUAGAAGCUAGUUGUGGGAAAGAAGUUGCAAUUUUGACUAAAGAACAUGUACUAGAAUAGAAUACCCUUAUGUUAAUUCUGAUGCGUUUCAUGUGCAUGUGCGGUUUCGAAUUCAUUUUCCAUAUUCACUUCCUCCAUUUUCAGCAUUUACCAUGUUUUUCUUGGG